AUUUCAGUAUGUGGGAUCAAUUUAGAAUGGCUGUGCAUUAGAAAUAGCUUGUGUUCGAAGAGCUUUCAAAAGACGUUUCCUUUCAUAUGUUUACAUGCUGUAGAAGCGUGUAUAGCGAAGUAAUAUACUGCUUCAAUAAGUUAUUAUGUAAAUUUUGCGUAAGAAGGGUCAGACACUGAACGGUAGAUACACCUUUUAUACUCAAAAGGUGUUUCAUUGCAGGAUGACCUGACUUCACGGAAGAAAAGUGAACUAAUAACUGUAUGUGUGGUAGGAUACCAAAUGUCAGGAGGUCCGUACCACCCCUCUGAAAAUCCGGGGUCAGAAGGAGCACCUGGAGAUGGUGCUCUUCAGCCACGCAAUCCACUACUGUGUUUCCUAUGUGAUGACUAUUAUAGUGAGCCAUGUUUGCUUGCUUGUUACCACACCUUCUGUGCAAGAUGUCUAAGAGGGAGAGAGGCAGAUUCAAAAAUAUCGUGCCCAUUAUGUGGGCAACAAACGGUCUUAAAAGAAGGGACAACGCUUCCUCCACCUGAUUACCUUAUGACUCAGCUCAUAGAGCUCUCCAAUGCAGAAAAUCCACCUUGUGCCAACUGUGACAAGAGAGACAAGGCUUCCAUGUACUUUUGUUCCACGUGUGGACAAGCUCUAUGCAAUCACUGCCGUGAAAACACACAUCGUGCUAAAAUGUUUUCUACACAUGAUGUUGUCCACAUGUCAAAAUGCUCAAAGGAAGGACAUAGAAGGUGUGCAGUGCAUGGAGAGCAGUACAUAAUGUUUUCAAACACUCAGAAAAAUAUGUUGUGUGUCAACUGCUUUCGCGACACACCUACCGAAGCUAGACUCCACUGUGUUGAUAUAGACACAGCAUAUUCUCAGGGAUGUAAAAAGUUGGACAGAGCUGUUUUGUCUGUCUGUGAGCUUCAAAACUCUGUACGAGAAGGUCUUCUUAUGUUCAAAAAUUUACUAGAUGAACUGAGGCAUAAUAUGGAGAUGGAGAAGCACACAAUAAAUAGCUUUUGCCAGGGUAUGCAGGAAGCUAUUGCAAAGACCCAUGCAAAUAUGAUAAUGGAGGUACAAAGGCAGUUUGAAACUAAAGAACGGCAAUUUAGAGGACAGCUAAUGAGUUUGGGGACUGUUCUCCCUUUACUUCAACUGCACCUUCUUCUCUGCUCAUCCUUUUCUUCAUCAGCAAACAAGUAUCAGUUUUUAGAUCUAGCUUAUCCUAUGAUGGACAGGCUAGCCGCAGUAUCACAGCUUAGUCAGCCUCUAAGACCUGUACAGUCAAGUCAGAUACGAACAAAUUAUCGUAAUGAAUUUUCUCAUGCUUUGGAGCCUUGGGUGGGGAAAGGUGCUUCUGGUUCACAACAGCAGCAACAUUCACAACACCAAGAAACAUCAGGAGAAGGAGGUGGAGCUUUGUACGAAUCAUCACAGCAGCAAGUGCAACAAGGCCAACCCUGUGCUGCAGUGCAUGGCCAAGUACAGGGACAUGCCCACCCUGUCAUGCUUCAUCCUCCUCCUUCUCGAAGGCAGCAUUCAGCAUUGAGGGCUAAGGCACUUGAAGGGGAAGGUCCUUUCUCCAACCACUGUAGGAGUUUUGAUACUCAGAUAAAAGAACUAAGUCAGCAACUCUGUGGUGUAAAGGAGCGGCUCGGUGAACUUCACAGAGAUGUCACUUUAUUGCAGCGGGCACAUACUCCACCCCUGGCUGCACGAUAUGAGCAUGUUACCAGAGAAUGUUCAUUACUAGAAGAACAGUUAGAAAGGCAUCAAGUUGAACUUGAAAGGCUGAAAAAUGUUUUUGAUACUUUAUGGGAAGAACAACUUUGCCGAAUCCAUGUGGAGCAAGAGAUCUUCCAGUCACAGAUGAAUGAUAUUUUAACAUUGCGUUCUGAAGUAAAACACCUGAGUGCAAUUGCUCAUCAGCUGGAACCAUAUGUAAAAUCCCUAGCAACAGCAGAAUGCAUAGGGCCUCAAGGAAGCACAGAUCGUGUACAGCCAAGUGGCCCUGAAUCUGGAACACAAGAAACAUCACAUCAUCAACUGCAGUCUCUACUUGAACAUAUCAAUAUGUUACAGAUGGAUGCAGCUAACUCAUACAGAAUCAAUGGCAGUCAGAAAGUUGAAUGUCGGGUCCAUUCAGGGCAAGCAAUGACAUCUCCCACAUCAGAAAAUAUUGUGUACAUGAAAGUUGAUGGGAAAGAAGCACCAGUGCGGGAAACUUCUCGUACUCGAGCAAUGAGAGACGCCCAGCCUCUGGAUGCUACGGCUAAUGCAGUUAUAUUUGCAAGUAGACAGCAGCAACAGCAACAGCAGCAUCAACAGCAACUACAACAGCAACAACAGCAGCAGCAUCCAAGUACAGCCCAAGAUUUUCAAGUUGCUGAGACAACAAGGGAUGGCAAGAGAGGUGUUCUCAGCCAGCUUAUUGAAAAAGUUCGCAUUAAGGAAGAUCGCAAAAAGUCGCCAGUGCAAGAAGAGGCUAGGGUGGUGUUAGGAAGAGAAAGGAGUAAAUCUGAUGGAAGAGGCACUGUUUGUGCAACAGACAGUUCUCGGUCAAAGCAAUCAAUGGCUGUAACAGGAGAAGAAAUGAAGCAAGUUACUAGUGCUGCAGUUGGGAAAAUUGGCACAUUCAGAACUGGUAAAUUGGAAUCCUCAUCUUGUCGGUACGGUAGCACUACCUCUCGUGAAGGAUCGUCAAAAGUUGCUUCCUUCUACCAUACUAUAAGUGGGAAAGUCUUAGGUUCAAGGGAUAGUGAUAGAUCUGAUCCUUGUGUAGUUUCUGAACAAUCUCUCAGUUCAAAUCUUCAUACACACCAUCAUUUGCCUCCUCCUCCCCCACCAACAUCCUCCAGGAGACCUCAGUCUCACCACGAAGACAUGACAGCAUCUGAUUUGAUGGGGACUGCAGCAUGCACGGACGGACGUGAAAGGCUCGACAGUCACUUAAAAGACAAGUUGCACGAUACAAUGGGUCGAGCUACAAUGGUGGGACGUGCCAUUCGCCCAGGAUCAGUUGGUGAUAAAGUAGAGGACAGAGCAGGAAUGGUAAAUGAAGAAAGUGAAUAUCAAAGAAUAUUUGAUGCAACUGCUACAACAUCACCUGUCAGUGAUGGUUCAGUAGGGGGAAGUGUAACAAAGCAAGCUGUAAGAGCUAUGGUGCAUCGUGAACCUAGUGCUGUAGCUAGCACACCGUCAUCACCCCACAGGCAGAGGGGUCAUCUCAGUAAAAUGGUUAGGAUGUACCCAGCAUCUGACACAGAAGAUAAUGUAUUUUAUACUCCAGAGGAACAAACUGGAGAAGAUAAGUCCAAAAAACAGAAUUCUUGUGAAAGUUUGACAUUAAGCACAGUUUCGGUUAAUAGCAGAAGAUCGUCAAUGGAUUUAGGAGAUAGAAAAACAUUAGUUGUAGUCAUUGGAACUAGUAGUAAAGCAACCAAAGCCAGGUUAAUGCAGAAACAAAGAUCAUGGGAAACAUUUCCUCCAAAGAAACGGAGCACUGAAGAGCAAAGAGAGAGCUACAGUAAAUUUUGUAGAGAUCCUGAUGCAUUUAGAGGUGGCUUUGAAUGCAGACCACAGAGUGAUGGGGGAGGCCAGAGUACAGCUGGGACCAGGGGAGAAGGAGGAGCCCUGAAGAAAGCAGACAGCUUUGAGGGCCAUGAAGAAGCAGUAAGAACAUUGGUUGCAGCAGUUCAGGAAACAAGAACACAGCAAAUGCAGCAACAAAGGAAGCAGUCUCAAUCAAAGUCUAGCGGCAACUAAAAUAAAAGUAUUUCAGAAGCUUAUGAAGGAAGGAUCUUAUUUGUUGCUUUCAAGCUGAGAGGAAGCUUUUCUCUGAUUUUUGUCAACACUGAUAUCAUAGGAGCCAGAGUAGUAGAGCAUGGUUGAGGAAGUUUGGGGUAAGUAACUGGCAGUGCAUUGUUUAAAAGAACAUCCCACCUUUGCUGUUGUGUUAUUUAUGAGAACAAUCAGAACCCUAAAUCAUUAUCGUCAUAUGUGUAUUUGAAACCCUCCUCUGCUGAAUAUGGGUCAAGUGCCUUAACCACCAUGCCAUCUCAUUUGGAAUCAUUUCUCAGUUAGAUAACCUUUUCAUUUUACAUGCAUACACGCACUUUAUGACCCCUGAAUUUAAUUUUCACAACUAUUUCUUUUCCAGAACCUAAAGCAUUACUGGUAAAAGUAACCCUGGGGAUCAAGUUUUUGGCUUCCAGAUUAAUACUGUUUAUUGUACUGUAGUCCAGGAGACACUAAUCUUAGGUAGGAAAAAUGAAAGGGUGACCAUAAUAUCAAUACUGGAUAUAUUGCUUCUAAUCUGGCGGUCUAAACUUUGAAAAAAUUGUUAUGGGGAAAUCUUCCUUUUCUCUGAUCUUAUAAUUCAUGAAAUACAAAUUAAACUUCUUUAAUUUUUCCUUUUAUUCUGCUUAUAUUUUUUUUUUACCCCCAUUUGUGUACAUCAUGUUGAUUUGAACACUUUACUUUUAAGCUUUUAUGCUUCUCAUUGUAUUUCUUUUAAUAGUAUUCAAUGUAAUUUCAACAACUUGUGUGAUGAAACAUUUAAUAUAGGUUACAUACAAACAAGGUUGUUGUUCACAGUACACUGAAUUUCUAGUUUAUAAUUUUUUAAUCAUUAUAUCCAUCUCAAUUCUAUUCAACAAAGGUUCAUUUAUGACAGAAUUCAUAUAAGGGAAGUCUCAUUAGUCAUGCAGUGUGAUGUAAACUCUUGCUAUUAGAUGGAAUAACAAUUUUUUUCCACUUUCAGACUAAUGAUGACUAUUCUACAUAAAUGUUUUUUUGUGGUAUACAUUGAUAGUUUAAAAGGCUCACUUGCAUUUUCUAUCUGAUUUCUGUGUAAGGCUACCAGUUUCUUCCUUCUCUCCCCCUUCCCAUCUUUCACACGCACCAUCCACCUGCUUCUCCAUGAGCCCACCUUCCAUCCUCAAAAUUUUUGUAACAAUGCUACCCAGAUCUAUCAUUUUUAUAAUGCUGCUGUGUUCUGCAAGAUGUUUGUGUAGAAUAUGAUCUACAAGAGUCAUACCAAAUUAUAUAUUAUCUCCACUACUAAUGAAUUUUUUAAAACUUUGUGAAUUGCAAUAGCCUAAGAAUACUUCUGAAAGAAAUACUCUAAAAGCCAUAGCAACUUUCAGAGAUGAAGAUUAGCUCAGAGCCUCCAUUCCAGUACAAAAAUUUUCAACAAUAUCUUUCCUUACCUUUGUAUCAUGCACAUAGCUCUGUUUGGUUGUGAUUUGUAUCUAAUUUAGUCUGGCAUGUAUUUUUACAACAAAUGAACAAUGACAGAAAUCACCUGUCAUCUCCUUGUCAAUUUAUAAUAUACUUAUAUUGAGCCAUGUAAAUUUUUCCAAACUCCGUAAAAUCCCCCAAAUCACCAGUGAAUGUAUGGAGACCUAAUACAUCAGCAUGACUAAAUUUCAAAAAAUACCAUGUGUCAUUAAAAGGUUAACUAAUAUGUUAAAAGAGUAUUUACGUAAUUAACUUACAAUAAUGUGUUCAGAGACAUAUGCCUAAAUGAUUUGUUGGGCUACAGCCACAAAAGAUUUAAAAAGGCAAAGGUGCUGUGUUACUAGAAUGUUAGUAAAAUAUAACUAAAAAUGAUGUAACAUUUUAUAUAAAUAUCUGUAAAACAUCAACAAAUGGUUUUCAUCAUGUGAGCUUUUUAUGAGGACAGAAACUGAUUGGCUGUGACAGAACAUGUGUGAAUGUGCAAUUAUAUCAUUUUUAUGAUAAAUGUGAUCUUCAGCAAUACUGUUUGCAUGUACAACAAGGAAUGAGGAAACUCAUUAGUCAUAGCAGAACACUUUACUACUGGCAACAACUCUUGUUUCCAAGGAAGGAAAUGCUUGUCUUACUUUCAGAAGAUUAAAUACAGUCUCCAGGUUGUUAACUGUUUUAAUGUUAUUUUAAAAUAACAGUUAGAUUCUCAUGUGUGUUCAUUUUACUAUUUUACAUUCCUAAGUAAAUAUCAUACACUGGAAAAAACAAUUAAAACACCAAAUAUUUUAUGUGUUUGUAAUUGUGAAAUUAA